UUCUAACCCCACUUUUCAAUUCCGUUUCCUCUUCUCUAUUUAACCCAACACAUGAUAAGAGGCGGUAGUGCGUUGUGCUUUGAUUAUACUUGUUCGUUCACUGUUUUUUCAACAAUUAGUCGUUAAUUUAAUAGUCCAUUUAUCCUUUAUACUUGUGUAGUGUGUAUAUUUUCAAUUCUAUUCGAAAUCAACAUGUUUUGGGGUUUGAUAAUGGAGCCUAAAAAGGCGUACUCGCAGACAGUUGAGAAGGCUAUGCACAUUUCCAUGGCUGCCUUAGAUGUGUCAUCUUCUGGCACCGAUGUUGUCCAAGUGAUGGUCGGUUUGAAUGGCAAGAACUACCUGUUGUGCUCAUUGAAAACUCCGGAUUUACUGCAAUGCCCUCUAGAUUUAAAUUUCGAUGUUGGCGAUGAAAUAUGCUUGGCUACCAACGGGAAUUCCCGCGUGCAUUUGACGGGCUACUUGAUCGAAGAUCAACUAUUAGAUGAUAUCGAUGAUGAAGAAGAAGAUGAUGAGGAGGAGAUGGCCGUGGCUCGAACUAAAUCUGAGCGAAAAACGAAGAGAAUUAACAACGACAAGUUAAUGAACGGGCCUCCCGAGAAAAUUAAGAAAUCGAACAAGAAAGCAUCGGUCGUCGAAGCAGAGAGCGAAGAUGAUGAAGAAGAUGAUGAUGACUCGAGUAAUGAUGAUGAUGAUGAGGUAGCGGGAAAUGGGGGAUUCGAUUUGAGGCAACUUUUGGAGAAAUCGAUAGCAAGCGAAGAUGAUGAUGAUGCCGAUUUCAAUACAAGCGAUCUCGAAGAUGAAGAGGGCGCUGAUGAAGGCGAUGAAGAUGAUGAGGACGAAGACGAGGAUGAGGAUAUGGAGGAAGAAGAGAGCGAAGAUGAUGCAGAGGAAGAAGCCAGCUCGAGCGAGGAUAACACUGAAGUGAAAACAAACGGCACGCCCUUAACUAAGGCAAAGGGGAAGAAAAACGAGAGUAAAACUUCGCUGGAGAAACAAUCGCCCAACAAGAAAGAAUCGAAAAAAAUUCUAAACAACGGGCUGGUAAUUGAAGAUAUCAAAGCAGGCCAAGGAAAUCCGGCUAAGCCUGGAAGAAUCGUAACUGUGUACUACGAGGGUAGAUUGAAGAAUAACAACAAAGUCUUCGAUGCGACUAAACAGGGCAAAGGAUUCAGUUUUAAAUUAGGCAGCGGGGAGGUCAUCAAAGGUUGGGACGUCGGUCUAGUAGGCAUGAAGAUUGGAGGUAAACGCAGGAUCACCUGCCCUCCUAAUAUGGCGUAUGGCGCAAAAGGCUCUCCUCCCGCCAUUCCAGCUAAUGCUACUCUGGUGUUCGAAGUGGAAUUGAAAAAAAUGCGUUAAUUAUCGAUUACUAUAUUUACUAUUACUACUAUUACUUCUGUUUGAUUUGUUUUCCUACUUUGUAAUAAAAUUAUUUUCUUAAUUUUC